UAAUAAAUUCUGAUGAGCGCUCCAAUUAAGAUAGUCAUGUUAGGGGAAGGCAGAGUAGGGAAGACAUGUCUGACUUUAAAAUAUUGUAAAGAUUAAUUCGAUGAGAAUCAGUAAUCCUCUAUAGAUGCCACAUUUUUUGAGAAGAGUGUAGACUUAGGUGGAGGCAAGAAUAUAACCUUGGCCAUUUGGGAUACCGCAGGACAAGAGAUAUUUCAUGCCUUGACUACAGUCUAUUAUAGAGAUGCAUAUGGGGCAGUGUUGGUUUACGACGUAACUUAUAAGGAAUCAUUUCUGAAAGUUGAGAAAUGGGUAGAAGAAUUAAGAUCAUUUGGAACUAAGGAUAUUUCCAUAGUUGUUGCAGGUAAUAAAAGUGACAUGAAAAACCAGAUGUAAAUUGAUAAGAAUGAAGUGGAGGAAUACUGCAAGAAGAUUGGAGCUAAACAUUUCUUUACUUCAGCUAAGUCAGGAGUUGGCAUUUAGGAAAUGUUCAAGACUUUGGGUGAGAGUAUCUCAAUCAAAGUCUAAGCAUAAGAAAGCAAAGGUAAGAAAAAGAAAGGAUUAUAAAUUAAAGAUGUAAAAGAAACUAAGAAAAAAGACUAAAAAAAUGAAGUUUGUUGUUGAAAUAAAAAUGAAAAAUUAUAUUACAUCCUAAUGUUUUUAGUUGUUGUUAUUCACUUAUCUCGUAGUUAUAGUGUUCUUAUUUGAUAAAAUAGUUACUAUAAUAAAGAUACUAAAUUAAUGAUAAUAAUGAUUGAUUCAUUCACAAGAAUUUAAUAUUUGAUAUAUUAUAAUGAAAUUAGCAAUGGAUCG